AUGCCAACACACACCUUAACGACCAUCAACGCUGAGAAAGAGAAGAUUGAUGAAGAGAGGAUCGGAGAACAUGUCAAUGUACAAUCAAGUGCACUUCAGCAUCUUCAGCAAAAUGGAAAGGUGACUGCUGAAGAAGCUCAAAAAUUAGAACAGGAGUGGUCAGCUGGACUGCCGUUCAACAAAGGAUAG